GAUACCCUUCAGUUUGAAAGCAUAUUUUUAAUUAUUUAUAAGCUCCAUACAGAAACUAUUUGUUUUAUUUUUGGCAUCUUAGGCCCGAAUGUGAGCUUCCAACCUGGGCGAAUAAUGCCAAGCCAGUGGCCGUGUCUCCUUGUUAUUUUAGUCUUGUGCGGCGUUUUAGUUUCAAUCGGUGCAUACUACACUAUGAUACAUAAAAAGCCCUUACAAUUAGUCAGCUGCUUUAAGCUUGACGGAAAAUGCAGGGAGUUUUGGAAUUGCGAUAAAUCGUUUCAAAGCCGCGAAAUAACUACGUGCAUUAACAAACGGAAGGUUUGCUGCCUUAAAAGCUCUCAAGUAAAGAACAUACUCGACACGGAAGAAUAUUUGGAGUAAAUAGAAAGGAGAUGCAGGAACUAAUGAACGUGUACAUUUAUCAUGUGAUGACGUGUUGUAUAUCUUUGCAAAUCAAUUUAAAAUUUUUUAGUUUCCUAAGGGCUUUGCUAAAUUUUUAAGUGCUUGUUUUCAAUAAAACCCGAGUUGACCAAUA